AUGCCUUCAAUUCUCACCGACGACGAUAAGGAGACGGUCAAGAGGCAGGUUCCAAAGGCUACGAAUAAGAUACAGGCGGUGGCCGUGGCCAGACUGUACAUUGCGUACCCAAACAGGAACAAAUGGACAUAUACCGGACUUCAGGGGGCUGCGGUCCUUGCGAACGAUUUAGUGGGAAAUACAUAUUGGCUGAAGCUUGUUGAUGUGUCGCCACUUAAUCGAGGGGUAAUAUGGGAUCAGGAAAUCUACGACACUUGGUCCUAUAACCAGGACAGGACAUUCUUCCAUACCUUCGAAACUGAGGAUUGCUUAGCCGGACUAUCCUUUGUGGAUGAGAAAGAGGCGAAGCAAUUCCUGAAGAAGAUGAAUGAUCGAGAGAAGAAUGCCAGCAAAAUGACCAAAUCUAAUCCAUUCGGUGGAGGUGGACAGCAGCAACAGAAACAUGGCUUACUUGGGGGUCUAUUCGGUGGACACAGACACUCAUCCGCUCCAUCGAUACAGCCAACUCCUCCAGACUCGCCGAGUUAUACACUUCCACCAGCACAGAACAACCGAAUGUCAGGUGGAAGCUUCAAUGGAGGGAAACCGCAAGCAUCCCAGUUUGCUGCAUUAGAUGCUAUUGAUCCGAAUUGGAGGGAAACCUGGGGCGACGAUUUGAAGCAAAUGGGGAUUACAGAUGACUUGAUUCGAGACAACCAGGAUUUCAUCGCGGAUUACAUUCGCCAACAACAGGCCGCGCAAAAUGUCCCAACUCCAGCAAAUGGGAUUGAGAAUCAACGAAACAGAGCCCCUCCACCACCGCCUCCUCCCGCAGCACCUUCACGCACACGAUCUGAAAGUCCACAGAACGUUUCCUCGGGACGUGGGAGGGGAGCACCGCCAGCACCACCUCCAGCCAGAAGAUCAGCAGCGAAAGUCGACGCACCGAGAGAACCUACUCCACCUCGAGAACCAUCUCCACCCAGAGGACCUCCCCCUCCCAGAUUUGCGGCUCCACCUCCUUUGCCAGAUGCUGGCAAAUUCGCCAAUACCAAUGCCAAACCACAACGUGCUCAUGCUCAAAGCCUGUCAAAUCCAGGCCCCCCUCCUCCCCCAAGACCCCCAAAGUCACCAAUCGAAGACUCAUACGAGCCUGGAGAGUCUGGUUCCAAAUUUGGAGUACCUCCUCCUUUCAUGGGCCAGAGAAAGCAAGUUCCUCCUCCGACACCAGCCAGAGGAGCAGUUCCCCCACCUCCUCCUCAACGAGAGACUCCACAAAGAGACUCAACAGGACUUGCGCAUGCGGUCCCUCCAGCGAGUGUACCUCCACCCCCUUUACCUCCCAAGACUCCAUCUGGACCUCCUUUGCCGCCUGCCUCUUCAAGGCCUGUUCCUCCACCUCCUUCAAGAGACAGCGGGGCCCCACAAUCAUUUGCACCACCUCCUCCACCUUUACCACACUCCAAUGCUCCUCCGCCACCGCCAUUACCACAAUCGAGUGCCCCUCCUCCACCUCCAUUACCCUCUUCCAAUGCUCCCCCUCCACCUCCUCUCCCUUCCUCAAAUGCCCCUCCUCCACCGCCCUUACCGUCUUCCAGUGCUCCUCCACCGCCCCCUUUGCCCUCGUCCGGUGGACCGCCCGCUCCUCCUCCACCACCACCAAACCGGGAUUCGGGAUAUCAGUCUGGAGUUCCCGCCUCUUUGCCACAGCCUACUGGUGAUCGUGCAGACUUGAUGGCGAACAUCCAGAAAGCAGGCGGCAUUGGAGCACUUAAGAAGGUGGACCGAUCUCAAAUCCGAGACAGGAGUCAAGCAAUGGUUCCCGGAGCGGAUACAGGACCUGCUGGAAGCGGAUUGCCUCCAGCUGGAGCCAGUGGUGGUGGAGCAGAUGGUGGUUUGGCUGGUGCGUUGGCGGCUGCUUUGAAUAAGAGGAAGCAGAAAGUUAGUGCAAGUGAUGAUGAAGCGGAUGAUGAUGAUUGGUAG